AUGACCGCGCCCGAACAACUCCCAGAACAGGCCUCGUCGCCAGCACCCUCUGGCAAGGACCAGGCCGUCCGACGACGCAGAAAGUCGAGCAUCAGAGCCCACGGCCAGCCGUCCUCUGCCUCCGCGAAGCAGGACGAGCUCGUCGCCCAACGCAGCCGCGCCCGCGCCCUCCUCCGCAAGUGCAAGCACAUCGCCGUAAAGCACACCUGGACCACGCCGCUCGUCCUGAUCCUCGCCUUCCUGUCCACCUACGCCAUCAACCCUACCGAGUCCAACAUCGUCCACCACUUCCUCUUCCUCUCCUACAAGCUCUCCGACAACGCCGCCGACGACAAUGACGCCCCCGUCCACUACGGCAAGGGCCCCUGGGACAUCGCCUUCGUCCUCUUCUACUCCAUCGUCCUGACCUUCACCCGCGAAUUCGUCAUGCAGGAGCUCCUCCGCCCCCUCGCCAAGUCCUACGGCAUCCGCUCCAAGGGCAAGCAGCUGCGCUUCAUGGAGCAGGGCUACACGGCGCUCUACUUUGCCAUCCUCGGUCCCGCCGGCAUGUACGUCAUGAGCCGGACGCCCGUCUGGUACUUCAACACCACCGGCAUGUACGAGCUCUACCCGCACCGCAGCCACGAGGCCAUCGUCAAGUUCUACUACCUCUUCGAGGCGGCGUACUGGGCCCAGCAGGCGCUGGUCAUGCUCCUCGGCAUGGAGAAGCCGCGCAAGGAUUACUACGAGCUGGUCGCGCAUCACAUCGUCACCCUCGGUCUCAUCGGCCUCAGCUACCGCUUCCACUUCACCCACAUCGGCAUUGCCGUCUACCUGACCCACGAUAUCAGUGAUUUCUUCAUGGCCAUGUCCAAAACGCUCAACUACAUCGACCACCCGAUCACCGGUCCGUGGUACUGCCUGUCCCUCGCCUCCUGGAUCUACCUGCGCCACGUCAUCAACCUUAAGAUCCUCUGGUCCAUCCUGACCGAGUUCCGCACCGUCGGCCCCUACCAGUUCUACCCCGACUGGGACAACCAGCAGUACAAGUGCAUGGCCUCCAACAUCAUCACCUUCGGCCUGCUGGGCCUGCUGCAGGCGCUCAACCUCUUCUGGCUCUUCUUCCUCGUGCGCAUCGGCUACCGCUACGUCUGGCACGGCGAGGAGAAGGACGACCGCUCCGAGGCCGAGGAGUCCGACGUCGAGCCCCUCGAGACCAUCGAGGAGGUGUCCAAGAUCGACGCCGUGCCCGUCGCGGAGGUUGCGAGCGGCGUGGCCAACGGCAGCGCGAAGUGGAGCAGACGCGCAUGA